UUAUUUUAUCUGAGUAGAUUUAAAGAUCAGUUUUAUCUCCAAAUAUUGCUGUGAAGCUAUGACAUAUAACCUCUGACCUCUUACUUUCCCGCGGUUUAUACCGGCAACUCCGCGCGAAAAGAAACAAUGGCUGAUGAUACAUCUUCAGACCCGUUUUCGACAGCUACAAGCCCAACCAGACAAAGUUCUAGGCAAGACCCGCUUACUUCAAGUCCUGGACGAGACCUCCCACCUUUUGAGGACGAAUCCGAACUCCUUGGAGGGGAACAAGAUCCAGAGGAAGAAGAAGAUGGGGAGGAGUUGUUUGGAGAUCAAAUGGAGCAAGAUUAUCGAGCUAUUCCAGCUCUCGAUAUAUAUGAAAACGAAGGACUGGAUACAGAUGAUUACUCAGACAUAUCUGAAAGUCAGCGUCAAGCUGCUGAGCGCGAGAUGCGUCAGCGGGAAAAAGAGGAAGGCAUUGUUCGAGGACGCAUGCGACGAGGCUUUAUCUAUGAUGAAUCAGAUGACGAAGACAGACCAGCUCGUAAGCGCCGCCUGGCAGAAAAGGCUGCAGAAGGUGUGGCAGGGGAUGAAGAUGAGGAGAUGAUUGAGAGCAUCGAAAAUCUAGAAGAUAUGAAAGGACAUUCUGUGCGAGAGUGGGUGGCUAUGUUGGGUCCAAAGACCGAAAUAAAAAACCGGUUUAAGAACUUCCUGCGGACUUAUGUAGACCAGAAAGGACACAGUGUGUAUCGGGAGAAGAUUCGUCAAAUGGUUGAAGCCAACAAAGAGAGCCUGGUAAUUGACUACAACAUGCUGGCAUCAGUGGAACAGGUAUUGGCAUACUUCCUGCCAGAAGCACCUGUGGAAAUGCUGCAGAAUUUGGAUGAAGCAGCAAAAGAGGUUGUCUUGGGCAUGUAUCCUAAUUAUGAGCGCAUUGCUAAAGAAAUUCGUGUCCGCAUUGCAGAGCUUCCUUUGAUUGAAGAUAUACGGUCUCUCAGGCAGCUACAUCUUAAUCAGUUGAUACGCACAAGUGGAGUUGUGACAAGCGCAAGCGGGGUGUUGCCACAGCUAGCAAUUGUGAAAUAUGAUUGCAAUAAAUGUGGCUUCAUUCUUGGGCCUUUUUACCAGUCACAGAACUCGGAAACACGGCCUGGAGCAUGUCCAGAGUGUCAGUCCUCUGGGCCUUUUGAAAUCAACAUGGAACAGACUUUGUACAAAAAUUACCAACGGAUCACCAUACAAGAAUCACCGGGCAAAGUGCCAGCUGGUCGUCUUCCUCGCUCCAAGGAUGCUAUUCUGCUGGAUGACCUUGUAGAUACAUGCAAACCUGGAGACGAACUGGAACUGACAGGCAUUUAUCAUAACAACUAUGAUGGGUCUCUGAACACUGCCAAUGGUUUCCCAGUAUUUGCCACAGUCAUUCAGGCCAACUUCAUCAGCAAGAAGGAUGAUAAACUGGCAGCCAACAGCCUCACAGAUGAAGACAUCAAGGCCAUCAUCGCUGUAUCAAAAGAUGAGAGACUUGGAGAGAGGAUUUUUGCAAGCAUGGCUCCUUCCAUAUAUGGUCAUGAAGAGAUAAAGCGAGCUCUUGCAUUGGCAUUGUUUGGGGGAGAACCAAAAAACCCAGGUGGGAAGCAUAAAGUUCGAGGGGACCUUAACAUUCUUAUUUGUGGAGACCCCGGCACAGCCAAAUCACAGUUUCUCAAGUACAUUGAAAAGACAGCACCACGAGUAGUCUUCACCACAGGUCAAGGUGCGUCUGCUGUGGGUCUCACAGCUUAUGUACAGCGAAAUCCUGUGUCAAAAGAGUGGACUUUAGAAGCUGGUGCUUUGGUGUUGGCUGACAAAGGAGUGUGUCUUAUUGAUGAGUUUGACAAGAUGAAUGAUGCUGACAGAACCAGUAUUCAUGAAGCAAUGGAACAACAGAGCAUCUCCAUUUCCAAAGCAGGAAUUGUGACAUCAUUGCGCCGAUGUACAGUAAUUUCUGCUGCUAAUCCCAUUGGUGGACGCUAUGAUCCUUCUCUCACUUUCUCAGAAAACGUGGACCUGACAGAACCCAUUCUGUCUCGCUUUGACAUUCUGUGUGUGGUUCGCGAUGUAGUGGACCCUGUUGAGGAUGAGCGCUUGGCAAGAUUUGUAACAAGCAGCCAUGUAAAGCAUCAUCCCCUGGCAUCACAGACAGACAAUCAGAAUAAGACACCGGCUCACAGCUAUGAGAGUGACUUGUCAAGCGACAUAGAACCCUUACCACAAGAACUGCUAAAGAAAUACAUCAUUUAUGCUCGGGAGAAGGUUCACCCACGCUUACACCAGAUGGACCAGGAUAAAAUUGCCAAGAUGUAUGCAGAUCUUCGCAGAGAAUCCAUGGCUACAGGCAGCAUUCCUAUCACUGUUCGGCACAUUGAGUCCGUGAUCCGUAUGGCUGAAGCACAUGCUCGUAUGCACUUGCGUGACUAUGUCAAUGAAGAUGAUGUCAACAUGGCCAUCCGCAUCAUGCUGGAGAGCUUCAUCAGCACACAAAAGUUUAGCAUCAUGCGCAGCAUGCGAAAGACUUUCGGGCGCUACCUUUCUUUCCGCAAGGACUCACACCAGCUGCUGCUGUUUUUGCUAAAGCAGCUAGCUCAAGAUCAGUCUGCAUAUCAGCGAAGUCGUUAUGGCACACAGCAAGACCAAGUUCAGAUAUCAGAGAAAGAUCUUGCGGACAAGGCUCGGCAAAUCAACAUUCACAAUCUGACAUCCUUCUAUGGUGAAUUAUUCAAGGCCAAUCAUUUCACACUAGAUUCCAAGCAGAAGCUGAUCAUACAGUCAUUCUAAUUUGUCACUGGUGGUGAAGGAAGAUGUUCAGAGUCCAUUUGAAAUGAGUGACAAGCAGUGGCCGUCACAUGGGACCAUAUUCACAAUAUGUUCCAAGACUUACCAAAUGCUGUGUCUAAUGGCAGCCAAUGUGAACAGCUAGUGGAGGACAGUUCUGUAGUCAGUACAGGGACAAAGGGAGAUAAGUACGAGACACGUUUGUGCUGUUGGGUUUCAUUGUGCUAUGGCCCAUUCCUGCUUGACGUGUUUUUAAAUGAGCCAUCUAUUUAAUUCUCCACCUUAAUUUUCAGGCAACAAUAAUUUGCAAAUGCUGAAUCUGUGGUUGCCAAGACACAACCACAUGCUAUAAUUGAACUAACCAAGAGUAUGAAAUUUUGUAAUUGCAUGAGCUGCAUUUUGCAUGUUAAAUUUAAAUUGUGACAAAAUGAAAAUGAAUUUUCUGUAUAUAUUAUAUGUAAAGUUAUUUUUAAUAAAGAUGUGUUUAUUGGUAGAUGCUGAAUUUUUAAGGAGCUCUGCGUGUUGCAAGGAGUGUUAAGUAUUGUGUUAAAAUUGACAUCCAGCAGAAAAAUAAUUUUAUUGAAUCUGCAAGUAUAGUGUGUAUACAUGCUGUGCUUUUUUUUCUGGAAAGAAUUUCUUUACUCAGGAAUGUGGCAAAUUUCAACUGUACAAAUCAUCAUUUUCAUCAUGUUACACAAAAUGAAGAAAAGAAACAGUCUGAAAUUGACAUUUUUAUUUUUACCAUAACAUUGACCAAAACCCGAAGAAAAUAAGUUGACUCAAAACAGCUUAUAAAAGGCUAUCUGAACCACCAUUGAUACACCAGGACAUUUUUUACAACUUGGAACUUGUGCAAUCUUUCCCAUGAUAGCUGUGCAAAACUAUUUCAUUUGUAUGCACGUGGAAUGUAUGCAUAAUUUAAUCACUUUUUGCUAAUUUGUAACAAAAAUAAUAGAAUCACAGGAUCUGUUCUCCUUGCAUUGGGAUUGCAGGGUUUCCUCCAAAUCAGGUUGCUUUUUAAACAACUACAUUUAAAAACAUUUUCCAAUUUUGAAACCGAAAGAAAAUGUAUGUACAAAAGAGGUAUUUUAUUUAUAUGUAACAAGCGUUACAUAGGCACGCUAAUCUGUACACAGGAAUUCCACAGAU